GGGUUCACGGUCUCAAUAACGUAGUCAUUAACCAUUACGCCUCACAGAUUCUAAGCAUUGCGAAUGGCGUCCCUCAGGGUAGCAUUUUCGGGCCACUGCUAUUUAAUGUAUAUAUAAAUGAUGUUCCUAACAUCAGCACUCAUGCGAAUUACAUUAUAUAUGCAGACGACACCAGCUUAUUUUUUUCUUCCAAUAAUAUGCAGAACUUACCAGAAAUCGCAAAUGACGCGCUGUCAUCACUUGCCAUGUGGUCAUCAGUUAACUCUUUGAAAAUAAACAAACAGAAAACGAAAGCAGUACUUUUCCUUCCUAAAAGAAAACAAGUAUUUCUACGGCCCUCCUUAUACCUAGGCGACACUGUGAUCGAGUACGUAGACACCUUUAAAUCAUUAGGGAUAACGUUCAGCAAUACAAUGUCAUGGGAUGCACAUGUUAAUAAUCUUUCUUCAACACUCUCUAGAAUCAUAGGAAUCACUUCGCGUAACAGAUAUAUUUUUCCAACCAAAACUAAGCUUACUUUGUACUAUGCAUUCUUUUAUUCCCACAUCAGCUAUUGCCUGCUAGUCUGGGGCAAUACAACGUUGUCAAACAUACUAAAACUACAAACCCUACAAAAGAAAAUACUCCGCGCAAUUGUAAAUGGGUCCUAUGAUUCGCCCACUAAGCAUAUCUUCCUACAAUAUAAGAUUGUACCCGUAAACAAAUUAUUCGACUACAGAUUUGCAUGCUUUUAUAAAACAAUAACAAGAACAAAUGAUUCCUUUUUUUCUAAAAUUGUUCCACUUACGUUUCGCCACUCAUCUUAUGACACCAGAGUACAAAGUAGUUACGCAUUACCAAAGUGUAGAACAAAUUAUGGUUUUUCUAUGUUGAGUUAUACUGUGCCAAAGUUCUUGAAUACCUCAUUUUAUGACUGCCCAAAUACCAUGUCUUUUUCUGCCAUUCGCAAGAGCACUAUUCGGCAAUCUGUGCCAUCGUAA